UGAUAAUGAAAAAUAUGAUAAAAAAAAUAAUAAUUUUUCAGAAAAGUGAGCAUUUAAAAAAGUUAAUUAUUUAAUUAAAAUAUUUCUGCGUUAACGCUUAUAAAAAUUAGACGUAGGAAUAAUUGUGACAAGAAGUUGGUGUGAUUGUUGACGAACUCGCAGUUGUGAUAAAUUAGUUGCGAAAAUUGAUCCUUGCAACUUGUAAUAUUCAGAUAUCGAUACCGCGCAUCUGUUCUGCAUCAUGAAGGAUUCCUCGAGUAAUCCUCAAAAUGAGAGGUAUUUCCUACGUUUUUGAGUUCUGAGCCCUGAGGCAAUUACCCCAAACCUGAAACCUUGGUACAGUAUCGCAGUGCCUGGAUAAUGGGCGCGUUUACUAGUCGACAAAAUGCGAGAAAUGAAGAGACGGAUUUGUUAUCUAAUCAGGCUUACAGAUAUCCUACUAAAUCAGGGAAUUAUUUUUCAAAUUAUUUCAUAAUGGGAGGAGAAAAAUUCGACGCGCCUCAACCGGAGGCCUACUUGUUCGGCGACAACAUGGAUCUGAAUUUUCUCGGCAAUAAACCCAUUCCGUUCCCGUAUCCUCCGCCUCAAACUGGUGAUCCUACUCUGCCGCUCAAGUGCUUGGUGAACGUUAGAAGAGAAUCAGUGCGUUUUGUUCGCGUUAACGAUCCUCAAAAGAAUACUUCGUAUAAUGUGGAAUUCACUUUCGACACAGAUGUUAGGUGCUCGAUUACAAUUUGCUACUUUUGUACCGAAGAAAUUACGUUGAAUGGUAUCAAAUACGUGUGCAAAGACGAAAAACUAACGUCCGACGUGUAUUACUACAAACGUGGCGCUAAUCAGCAGUUUUCGCAAAGUGGACAUUGUUUCGAUCCCAGUUCGCAUUCGGACCAAGAUUUAUUUUAUAAUUGUGAUAAGGAUGUUAUACCCGUAGCUAUUCAUUGCAUAGCUCUCGAAGGACUGGAAGAAGGGCGUCAAUCACAUACCACAUAUGCAAUUAUCGAACGUCACGCUGACGAUUCUUUCUCCCUCAAAGCGUUGAAACAGAAAUUGUUUGUCGACGGACUGUGCUAUUUGUUGCAAGAGAUUUAUGGAAUUGAGAAUAAAAUCAACGACGUCGCCAAAGAAGGCACCGAAGAAGAAAUCGAAGACGCGGGCCUGGAAUGCGUUAUUUGUAUGAGCGAUAUGCGAGACACUCUGAUUCUACCCUGUCGACAUCUUUGUUUAUGUCAAGCUUGCGCCGAUUCGUUGCGUUACCAAGCGAACAACUGCCCUAUCUGUAGGUCUCCGUUCAGAGCGUUAUUGCAGAUUAAAGCGAUGCACAAACUCUCCGAAUCAUUGGCUUCCAUUACCGAAAUGAACGACGGAAUUCCACCUGGUUACGAACGUGUUUCGCUGAUAGAAGCGUUAAACGGACCAGUAUUUACCAGAAAGUACGCUACGCUGGAAUCGUCGACGCUCGAGCCGUUACUAGACUCGUCGAGCACUGCCAGCGUUAUUCAUCCGGCAUCAGUCACAACUGUUGCCGCUGCCGCUGCCGUCACCGCCACAGGCAGAAAUAAGUAACGAAAAUGCUGACUGAAACGUGUCAAAUUGUAUUUUUAUUUCAUCGCGAAAAUUUUCAGCCAACGUAUUAUUUAUUGUUUUGCUGCCACUUUUUAUAAAAUUGAUCGCGGCGACAUUUUCAAGUUUUUAUAUACUGUUGAAAAUGACGUCAAAAUUUGUAAGAGAGAAAAGCAUCGACAGAACGGCGCAAUAAUACGUAAAUAUCGCUGAAAACUCGCUUCGAUACUGAUUCGUAUCAUUUCAUCAGAUCUAAUCUGCAUGGUCUGUGAAGAAAGCGUAGAAUUUUUCAUUUUGAAAAGUUCUCGAAAAAGGCGCUCCGGCAAUUUUUGAAAAUCCAAUUUUUCAACAACUUAGCCCUCGCUUCGCUCGGAAUUGUUUAUAUUUUGUGUCUGAUAUUUUGAAUUAUCGAUUAAUGAAUGUAUCGUUCAAUUUUAAGUCCCCAAAGAUUUGUGUUUUGCACAGUGAAAUAUAGUUUUCCCAAUAAU